CUGUCAUCGCUGGCUGGCCCGUGAUGAGGAGGACGGGGAGAUUGUGGUGGAGCUCCUCCCAGAGGACCCCGGAGACCUGGAAGAGAACAGCUACGAGGUGCAUGUGUUUACGGGCACAAUGUGGGGAGCUGGAACAGAUGCCAGUGUUUACAUUAAUAUCUACGGAGAGAUCGGCGACUCCGGCGAGCGGAAACUCAGGAAGUCCAACAACCUCAACAAAUUUGAGAAAGGGAAGGAGGAUGUUUUCACCGUCUCGGCCAUUGAUCUGGGCGUUCUGAAGAAGCUGAGGAUACGCCAUGACAACAGCCAGCUUCAUGCAGCCUGGUUUCUGGACAGAGUGGAGAUAAUAGACAGCAAAGAUGACACCACUUACUACUUCCCCUGUAAACGGUGGCUGGCUGUGGAUGAGGAUGACGGACAGAUUGCCAGGGAGCUGGUCCCAGUGGAUGAGGCCUUCAUGAAGAAGGGUGAUGAUGCUGACGAGGAUGACGAAGACGACGAAGGAAGCUCCAGUGCCACACUGGGUCUGGAGCAGAAGGCCAUGUCCACCACCUUCACAAUGAAGGUCAAGACUGGAGACAAGAAGUACGCGGGAACCGAUUCCAACGUGUUUGCCAUCCUCUAUGGCACUAAGGACGACACAGGCAUCAUCAUGUUGAAGUCAUCCAAGUUACAUAAGAAUAAGUUUGAGCAGGGCAUGAUCGACGAGUUCACGGUGGAAGCUGUGGAUUUGGGAACUCUGAAGAGAAUACGUAUAGGGCAUGACAACUCAGGGACGGCAGCAGGGUGGUUUCUGGACUGGGUGGAAGUGAACGCCCCGUCCCUGGGCCAGAAGCUCAAGUUCCCCUGCGGUCGUUGGCUGGACAAGGGCGAGGAUGAUGGCGCCAUCGUCAGGGACCUCUACCCUGCACACCUUCAGACUGAGCUCUAUACACCAUUUGUGCCGUACGAGAUCAAGACAUUCACCAGUGACCUGUUUGCAGCGGGCACAGACGCAGACGUGUUUAUCGUUUUGUAUGGCCGAGACGGGGUGUGCACUCAGCAAAGGGCUCUCUGUGUCAACAAGAGAGAGAGGACCAUGUACUUUGAGAGGGGAGCAGAGGACAUGUUCAUCGUUGAGUUAGAGGAUGUGGGUGAUGUCAUAGAGAAGAUCCGUAUUGGUCAUGACAACAGAGGGAUAAAUGGAGGCUGGCACCUGGACAGAGUGGAGAUCAGACGCCUGCUGAGGAAGGGGAAGGGUUCAGAGACGGUCAUCUUUCCAUGUGAGCGCUGGCUGGCCAAGUCAGAGGAUGAUGGGGAAACAGUGAGAGAGUUAGUCCCUUCUGAAAUCAUCACAGAGAAACUACAACGAGAUGGUACCCUAAAAGUCAACGAGAUUGAGGUGGAGGACGCACUUGAGACUCACACUUACAAAGUGUCCGUGAUGACGGGUGAUGUUUACAACGCGGGCACCGAUGCCAACGUCUUCCUCACCAUCUAUGGUGACCUGGGCGACACAGGCGAGCGCAAACUCAGCAAGUCAGAGACCAACAGUAACAAGUUUGAGAGAGGAGCGGUGGAUCAGUUUGUAAUUGAGGCAGUGGACCUGGGCCAAGUGUUCAAAAUUAAGAUUCGCCAUGACAACAGCAUGCUGAGUGCCGACUGGUACCUGGAUCAGGUGGAGAUAGUUGACGAGGACUCAGAGGAGGUCUUCCUGUUCCUGUGUGAACGCUGGCUGUCCAGGAAGAGGGAAGACAGGCGCAUUGAAAGGAUGUUCUAUGUCAAGGGCUAUGAGGGUGAGAGGGAGCCUAUCCACAGCAGAGAAAAGAGCUCAGCUCUGAUCCUGAAGAGUGUGGACAGCAACAUGAACAAGAAGAAUAAGAAGGUGAAGGAUGAGGACAUCCAAGAGGAGAGCACCAUCAUCCCGUACCACCUGACCGUCUCCACGGGAGCGGAGAAGGAUGCCAGCACCGGCAGCAGGGUGUAUGUGAUCAUCAUGGGGUCCAACCACGCCCGGACGGAGAGGCUGUGGCUGGACCUAACCGGGGGGAAGAAGGGCUUUGAGUCUGGGUCCCUGGAGUCUUUCGUGUCCCACGGUGCGGAUGUGGGGGAGAUUAAGAAAGUAGAACUUGGACACGACGGGGCCACUCCGGAGAGCUGCUGGUUGGUUGAUGAGCUAGCUGUUGCCGUGCCAACCAAAGGGGUCAAAUACAUUUUCCAGUGCAAGUGCUGGUUGGCCAAAGACCGGGGUGAUGGACUGACUGCCAGAGUGUUCAAUGUGCUGGAUGCCGAGAGCAUCACCAUCUCCCAAAAGAUCAUCUAUGAGGUGACAGUGGUGACAGGAGAUGUUCAGAACGCCGGAACCGACACUCAGAUUUACAUAUCUGUGUUUGGGGCCAACGGCACCACUGAGGAGAUCCUCCUGCAGAAGAACGAGGACAGGUUUGAACGGGGUCAGGAGGACACCUUCAGUCUGGAGGUUGAUGACGUCGCUCCCCUGAGGAAAAUGAGGGUUCGCAUUGACGGCUCUGGCAGUCGCCCUGACUGGUUUCUGAAUAAGAUCAUCAUGCGUAACCUGACCACAGAGGAGGUGUCGCUGUUCACCUACGAGGAGUGGCUGUCUAAGACCAAAGGGCCCAAGAGGGCCAUGAUCUGUGAGAUGGCUGCCGUAGUGGAUGAGGAGGAGAUGGUAGAGAUUACCACAUACAUUAUCCAGGUCAAGACCAGCGACAUUGGAGGGGCAGGCACUGAUGCCAACGUGUGGAUCAUUGUGUUUGGGGAGUGUGGUGACACUGGGACCCUCGCUCUGAAAGAGUGCCAGAAAUCAAACAAGUUUGAGCGCAAGCAGACAGACGUGUUCCGUUUCCCUGACAUGUUCAGCCUCGGGGAGCUCUCCAAGGUCCGUGUGUGGCAUGACAACUCAGGCCCUGCUCCAGGAUGGCACCUAGAAUACAUCGAUGUGAAGGAUGAGAUCCUGGACAAGACGUUCCGUUUUCCCUGCGACCGCUGGUUGGCCAAGAACGAGGACGAUGGUCAGGUCAUGAGGGAGUUGGCCUGCGCCAACAAUGACAUUUUAGAUCUCAACGAGAAGACCACGGACACAGACGACGCAGAGACUAAGGAAAAUGUCUGGAUUGCACUGGAGGGGAGAAAAGGGCGAUCAAAAGAAUUUGUGAUGGAGAACUCUUCAAAGAAAAAGAGGUUCUUGCGGGGAAGCACGGACAAGUUUGAGUUCUCUUCCAAACAACUAGGCGACAUUGCUAGUAUCUGCCUGGGUCACACCCCGAAAGAUGGGAAGAAGGUGAAAGGGGAGGCGUUCUGGCAUGUAGAGGAGGUUGUUGUCAUAGAGAAAGAACUGGGCAAUAGGUUCAUAUUCAUCUGCAAUGCUCUGAUCCCCCUCUCUUCAAAGAGGGACGAGUUUGUGACCAUCGAGUGCACCAAGGCCAUCGAGAGCUUUGCCAGCAAGGCCCGCAGCCUAGUUCCUGUAAAGUACGAGAUAAUCGUCAUCACAGGCGACGAGAAGGGGGCGGGCACCGACGCCAACGUCUUCAUCACCAUCUAUGGUUCCAACGGCGACUCGGGCCGCCGAACGCUGCGGCAGAAGUUCCGCAACCUGUUUGAACGUGGCCAGACGGACCGCUUCCUGUUGGAGAUGCUGGACAUGGGCGAGCUGCUGAGGGUGCGCGUAGAACACGACAACACCCACCUCAGCCCUGGGUGGCUGCUUGACCGCGUGGAGAUCACCAAUAUGGCCAACGGCGUCACCACAAUCUUCCUAUGUGGGAAGUGGCUGGACACCAAGAAGGCAGACGGGCAGAUUUCCAGGGUGCUUUACCCAAAAUACUAAACAACUUCUAUUGAAAGUGCUCAACUAUUUAAAAAUGUAUAAUAUUCACAGGACUGAAUUGCACAGUGGGGUUGGAAAGAAGCCGCACAGUACAUAUGUUGGACUAUUUCCAAUUCUCUCUGUAAUGAUGGAACACAAACUCUUGGAGUUAAGUCUGAAUGUGGGCCGGUGUUUCAUCUUGAAUGGAAAAAAACCUGCACUCACUGGAACACGUCUGCAGUUAUAAUUAAUUUUAGCAGUAGCAGAGGGCAGCAAAACGGACUAGUCUCAUCCACAGCUUUUGAAAUUCAUUAAAAUUGCAGGAGUAUUCCAGUGAGUGUGGGUUUUUCUUCUUUUCAUUAUUCAUUUUUAAAGCUGCCACUUGAAGGCUAAGACAGUACAUCGAUUACUUUUUCAAUCUUUUUAUUUUCCCAUGAGCAUUUUUUUUUUAUACUGCCUCAAUAUGUUCAUGAUCUCAGGAAUGGAAAAUGUUUAUAUGUGUAUAAGUAGAUUUGUGAAAUAGGGUUUGGUAUAGAAAAUAUUCCACUCUGCCUGAUAAUUGGCUGGGAGUUGAUUGCUAAAACACAAUAGGGUCAAAAAGCCAUGUAACAUGAUUGUGCCACAAUUUUUAAACAGCCUACUAUCAGUGA